AUGAGACGGAGCUAUCUCCAGGUUCCGCUAGCAGAGCAGAGCCGCCAUCUCACUGCAUUCAACACACACAUAGGCAUGUUUCAGUAUCGCCGUAUGCCCUAUGGACUGAAUUCAGCACCUAGCGCAUUCCAGAAAAUCGUUUCUUCAGUUCUAGCUGGAAUCGAGGGCACGUUGAAUCUCCUUGAUGAUGUGGUAGUCUUCGGAGAGGACAAGGCUCAGCAUGAUCAACGAUUAGCAGAAGUCAUGACGCGCCUCGCCAAGCAUAACUUGACGCUCAACGAGGCCAAGUGCACGUUCGCUGCCUCGGACAUUGAUUUUCUGGGAUAUCAUGUCACUGCAAGUGGUCUGACGCCUACACUCGACAACGUUGCAGCUAUCCGAUCACUCCCAGCCCCAACGAAUGUGAAGGAGCUAGCCUCAUUCUUGGGAACAACGAACUUCUACCGCAAAUUCGUGCCACAAUACGCAGAAAUCGCAGAACCUCUGCAGAAGCUUCUCCGGAAGGACGCGCUUUGGGAAUGGCACAACGCACAAGAGACCGCAUUCAACACGCUCAAAGGAAGAAUCGCAGAGCCACCAGUUCUCGCUCACUUCACUCCAAGCGCUGAAAUGUACGUGACUACAGACGCGUCAGCGUUCGCUAUCGGAGCAGUGUUAUUGCAAACGAUCGACGGCAGUGUACGUCCGGUCGCAUUCGCAUCUCGAGCGUUGUCGGACACAGAGCGAAAGUAUUCUACAGGAGAACGCGAAGCUCUCGCAUGCAUCUAUGCCUGCGAACACUGGCAUAUGUACCUCUACGGUCGCAAGUUCACACUUCGUACUGACCAUCAAGCCUUAACAACCUUGUUGAGCACUUCAGGAUCUGGACACCGCCCACUCCGCAUCUACAGAUGGUCAGAUCGACUGCACCAAUAUGAUUUCAAGGUCGAAUAUCUCGCGGGUUCACGCAACCGAGUAGCAGAUAUGCUUAGCCGUACACCGAACACGAAUAGCAAUCGCGAUAGCCAUGCAAGAAGCGACAUCGAAGACGACGUCGAAGACUACGUUCUUAUGGUGAUCUCUCACGUGACCGCAAAGCUUGUGACGCGUGAGCAGCUGAAAACAGAGUCAGCCGCAGAUGCAACUCUACAGAAGGUCUGUCAUUAUCUCCAAACAGCAUGGCCUAGAGAGAUUUCCGAAGACCUCGUUCCAUAUCAUCGUGUUCGCAAUGAGCUAGCUAUCUUCGACGACACGUGUAUCGCCCGUGGCACACGAGCGGUAAUCCCGAAAUUGCUUCAACAUCGUGUGUUACAAACCGCACAUGAAAGUCAUCCAGGUGUGGUGAAGAUGAAGCAACGAUGUCGCGAAGCAAUCUGGUGGCCAGCGAUCGAUCGACGCGUAGAAGAUCUCGUCAGAUCUUGUGAAGCGUGUACUCUCAGCGAGAAAACUCAACCGCGGCCAGCACCACUGCAGCCGACCCCAUGGCCGAAGAAGCCAUGGCAGCAACUUCAAGUCGACAUCUUUGGGGAAGUCCAAGCCGCUCCUCUAAGUCAGCGAUUUUUGUUAGUUGUACACGACCUCCAUAGCAAGUGGCCUGAGAUAGCAGCAACAAGCUCAGUCACUACGACAUCAGUCAUUAGCAUCUUCGAGAAGAUGUUUACCAAGUGGGGUCUUCCAGAAUCUAUCACCACGGACAAUGUACCACAGUUCACGUCUGAACAGUUCGAAGAAUUCCUAGCCGUUAAUGGAAUUCAACAUCGCCUCACAACUCGCUACAACCCUCAAAGCAAUGGCGGCGUAGAGCGUUUCAACCGGGUAAUCAAGGAGAGUUUGAAAGCGAAUCUCGCAGAUGGAAUGACCUUCGAUAAGGCCAUCCAGACCCUACUACGCACGUAUCGCUCAACACCUCAUUCGCUAACCGGAAAAACUCCAGCAGAGUUGAUGUUGGGACGGAACCUCCGUAUGCCAUUCAACAUCCUGAAACCACCGGUUUCAGAGCCUGCAAGCACACAGGCUGAAGCGAGAGGAAACAGCAAAGCAUGA